AUGCUUUUUGGAGUUCAACGCCAAGCUGGCUGCUUGCUCCGACAUCGGCUCGGCUUGCGCAGCAUUGCGAGCUUGAGACCUCCUACGACCAAUGCGUUGGUUACUGGGCCACGUCCCAGCCAUGGACAGUCGUCGCCGGCUGGUCGGCGACUUCAGCUGGUAGCAGGUCUCGCACUGACGAUGGCAUUGGCAGACGAGCGAUCUCAAGCGAAAGCACGGGGUGACCUGCCCAUGACUCGUAACUCCAUCGCCGAUGCCGUGGAGAAGGCGGCGCCAGGCGUCGUGAACAUCACGAUCUACUCCCACCACCAGCCGACGAGUUCAGGAUCUGGGUUUCUCAUCGACCCGUCGGGACUGGUCGUCACCAACGCUCACGUCGUGGCCCAUGUCUCUCGCCACUCGUCCAUCACGGUGACUCUCGAAAACGGGCAAAAGUACGAGGCAACCGUUCACAGCUUUGACACCAAGGCAGACUUGGCGCUCGUGCAACUCAAUGACCCCCCUGCGACCAAGCUCCCCACUGUCGCGAUCGGAACCUCGUCAAGUGUCCGUGCGGGCGAGUGGGUCAUCGCUCUCGGCAGCCCUCUGUCUCUCCAGAACAGUGUCAGCGCCGGCAUCAUCAGCGCCACCGCGCGUCGGGGCAGCGAGCUCGGGUUUGCGCCGUCGCAUCGCACCGAGUUUCUUCAAACAGAUGCCGCCAUCAACGUGGGCAACUCGGGCGGGCCGCUGGUCAAUUUGGACGGCCAAGUGAUUGGCAUCAACACGAUGAAAGUGGCGGGAGGCAUUUCUGGCAUUUCGUUUGCGAUUCCCAUCGAUGGCGGCAUGCAAGUGAUUAACCAGCUCCGCCAGCACCGCACCGUUACAAGACCCUACGUUGGCAUGCAAAUGGUGGAAUUUGGCGGCACCAUCCUCCCCGACAUCGCCAAGUAAGUCGACAUUUAGAUAUCUAUUUCCAGGUUGGAAUAUCUAUUAUCUUUGUCAUUACGAUAUAUUUUUAUUUGUUGAUAGAUUGUACCCGUCUAUACCCCAAGGAGUGGUGGUCAAGUCGGUGGCCCGUGGGUCACCCGCCGAACAAGCUGGCCUUCUCCCUGGUGAUGUGAUUAUCGAGUUUGCCGGGUCGAAAGUAACUAGUAUCAAGGACGUCGUGGCGACUCUUGGGUUUAGCGUCGGUCGAAAGAUGUGCAUGAAGGUACUGCGAGGCGGAAGGGCCGACCAAUCACACACGGUCUGCUUUGUCACUACAGAUGCAUCCAAACUGUAGUUAGUCAUACUACUAAGCUGAUAAUAUACUGCUACUAGUAGUAGUAGUAGGUACAACCA